AUGGAAGAAGCAUUGUUAGAUGCAGGACUAGUGGUCAGAGAAACGAUGAAGGAUCCGAUUCUAUCUCGUGUGUUUGCUUACACUAUGGAGGGAUGGCCAGCAAAACUAGACUGUACUAACGAAGAGAUGAAAGAAUUUCAGAAAAGGAAGACCGAACUAUCUACGGAGCAAGGAUGCUUGAUCUGGGGAAAUCGAGUGGUAAUACCUGUGAAACUGAGGCAGUCAGUGUUAGACAUGUUGCACUUGACUCACUCAGGGGUUAGCGGUAUGAAGACAAUUGCGAGGAGCUAUGUUUGGUGGCCUAAUCUUAAUCAAGACUUGGAGAACAUGGUAAAGACAUGUGUGGACUGUAACAAGUUUGGUAGAUCAGCACCAGCUUUAACAGACCAUCCGUGGUGCCGACCCACUGGACCAUACCAGCGCAUCCACAUGGACUUUGCAGGACUAUUCCAGGGACACAUGUGGUUACUUGUUCAGGACGCCUACUCUAAGUGGCCUGACAUUGUUAAGAUGAACUCAACGAAAACAGGAGCACUGAUUACAGUUCUAAGACACAUAUUUGCUAGAACUGGGUUACCAUGUGUCGUUGUAUCAGACAACGGACCCCAGUUUACUUCAGAUGAACUCAGAGUUUUCUUCAAGCAAAACGGAAUAAGACACAUUCCAACACCGACAUACCACCCUAAAUCUAAUAGCAUCGCAGAGAGACUGGUACAAUCGUUCAAGAAUUCUAUGAAAAAGAUGUGGAAUGACUCUAAAGACUUGGACAAGAAUCUCAAUAAUUUCUUGUUAACUUACAGGAACACUCCGCACGCAACCACAGGUCAGACACCAGCAAUCAUGAUGUACAAUCGGACAUUAAGAUCUAAGUUACACAUGCUCACGCCACAUGACAAGGAGAAAGUGGAAAACUUGCAAGCUGACAAACAACAACAAGUGUUGCAGAGCAAUCCUAGAAUAUUUUGUCCAAAGCAGCCAGUACGUGUCCAGAUUGAUGGAAAAGAAUGGAGACCAGCCACAGUAGUGCGAAGACUGGGCGAAUCAUCCAACACAUAUGAUAUUGAGCAUGAAGGACGCAUCAUCAGGAAGCAUGCUGAUCACAUUCAAAGCCUGAGAAGACCUAUUAUCUCUCUUCAACAAGGUAACGUAUCUGACAAAGACCCUGUUUCAGUGAGAGGUGAGACAGUGAGUGAGCAGCAGGAUGUUAGUCCGUUAGUUGAACCGGGUAUAGUUGACCCUGAUAUUGAACUGCCAGAUAAUUUACGAGAUAAUAAUGAUGAACCUUCUGAGAUUGAUAUUAGAGAUGACGUUAUUGCUAGACAGCAAACUGAUGAUGAAAAUGUUAAUGUUAGAAGAGCAAAUCUGAGAGAUGUACCUCGGGUAAAUUACAAAAUGUUAAACAGAUAUGGCAAGUAA